UUCAAGUGUCCCAUAUCAGUGAUUUCUUGCAGAAACCUUUUCAAAACUACUCAGAAAGAGACACCAGUGUCAAUUAAAAAAGGCAACAUGAAGGAGCCUGAGAAGCCACGUGCAGAGGACAAAUUCUGCUGCAUUUCCAAGCUGAAGGUAUUUCUGCUGGCACUGUCACUUGCCUUCCUUGGGAAAACGAUGUCUGGUGCUUACAUGAACAGCAUGUACACUCAGAUAGAGAAACAAUUCAAUAUCCCAGCUUCUUUAGUGGGCAUCAUUAAUGGAAGCUUUGAAAUUGGUAACUUGCUGCUGAUAGCAUUUGUGAGUUACUUUGGAGCAAAGCUUCACAGACCCAGAAUAAUUGCUUUGGGCUGCACAGUUCUGUCCUUUGGAUGCCUUUUGAUAUCACUUCCUCAUUUUCUCUUUGGGAGAUAUCACAUUGAAAGCAGCAUUUCACAAUGGGAAAACGUUUCAGUGAUGCCUCUAUGCCUUGUUAAUCAAAAUUUGUCCUCUUUGCCUACAGAGGAACCAUCAGCAGAAUGUGAAAAAGAGCCUGGGUCCCUGCUGUGGGUUUUUGUGAUGGUUGGAAACAUCGUGCGAGGGAUGGGUGAAACCCCCAUCAUGCCUUUAGGCAUUUCCUACUUGGAGGAUUUUGCCAAAGCAGAGAAUUCACCUUUCUACCUGGCAUGUCUGCAUACAGCAACUGUAAUUGGCCCCUUCCUUGGUUUGUUGUUGGCUUCAUUCUGUGCAGAGCUGUUUGUUGACAUUGGAUCAGUAGAUGCAGAUGAGAUAACCAUCACAGCCACUGAUGCCCGCUGGGUUGGAGCAUGGUGGCUGGGCAUUUUGAUCUGUGCACUGCUCAACCUCCUCGUGGCAAUACCGUUCUGGUUUUUGCCCCAGUCCCUCGUGAAGGAAGGUGAAGCCAAUGAACCUGAGGAGACAGGUGAAAAAAGUGCAACACCAUUGCAGGAAAAUGAUAAGAACGAAACCAAGCAGACCAUGUAUGAAAUUGCUAAAGAUUUCAUCCCUUUCCUCAAGGCUCUGUUUCACAACCCUGUGUACAUGUUAUUUAUAUGCAUAACUGUGUUGCAGUUCAGUGCCUUUGAUGGCAUGGUAUCCUUCAUGCCCAAGUAUCUGGAACAGCAGUUUGGGAAAUCUGCAUCAGAUGCCAUCUUUUUAAUUGGUGUUUACAACUUGCCAGUUCUAUGCGUUGGGUAUUUUUCUGGCGGCUUAUUCAUGAAGAAAUUCAAGAUAAAUAUCUAUCAGGCUGCGAACAUAGCAUUUUGGGUAUCUUUACUGGAAUACCUUCUCUACUUUGCUGCCUAUUGGACUGUCUGUGAUACUUCACCAGUUGCUGGUCUAACAGUUUCCUAUCAAGGAAUAGAGCAAGUUUCAUAUGCAGAAAAUACUCUGCUGGCUGGCUGCAACAUGGAUUGUGACUGCCCACUUAAAAUAUGGGACCCUGUUUGUGGGAGCAAUGGAAUCACUUAUGUGUCACCUUGUCUUGCUGGGUGUAAAUCCUCAAGAGGAAGUGGAAGAAGUUUGGUAUUUGAAAACUGCACCUGUGUUGCAGCCUCAGGGUUUUCAUCUCAAAACAUCUCUGCAACUCUGGGCCAGUGUGAUGGACACGAAAGCUGUGACAAGAUGCUCCAUUAUUUUUUAAUCUUGACAUUAGUCUGCAGCUUCAUUUUUUCCUUAGCAGCCAUGCCUGGAUACAUGGUCUUAAUAAGGUCUCUAAAGCCUGAAGAGAAGUCAUUUGGAGUGGGUAUCCAUGGGCUGGCUUCAAGAGUAUUUGCUGGAAUUCCAUCUCCCAUUUAUUUUGGAGCCCUGAUAGACACCACUUGCUUGAAGUGGGGUACUAUGACUUGUGGUGGGGAAGGAGCAUGUAGGAUGUAUGAUGUUGUCACGUACAGGUGGCACUACCUUGGCCUGCCAGCAGUGUUACGUGGAGUGUCCUACAUCCCAAGCACACUUGUUCUCCUCAUUUUAAAGAAGAAACUGAAAUCUGAAAAGCCAGUCUUAUUAAAUGAACCAAUAGAAAUGCAGGAUAAAGCACAAGAAGCAGUGAAAUAG